GUUUGUCUUUUUCUCUCUCGCUCUCGCUUUUCUCACUCUCACUGACCGUGCACGAGGAGGGAGAAGGGAUUGAAGAGAAGGUGGAGGAGCGAGAGCGAAAGACGAGCGACGAGCAGAGCAAGGGCAAGCCGGAAAGCAGCGCGAACGGUGCGGAAGAGUGGCAGUGCAUGUCGGCGUAGAGCGAACGAGCGAGCGAGCGAGCGAACGAACUAGGCGAGAGCGUGUGCGGUGGUGUGUGGUGGUGGUUGGCGAUUGGUGUGUGCCGUAGACAGACGGACGGACGGACGGUCGGUCGGUCGGUCGGUCGUUCGUUCGGUCGGUCGGUCGUUCGGUCGGUCGGUUGGCGGUCGGGUCGUGAUUGUGUGGAAGGAAAAAAACCGAAGAGAAAGUGCAAAAUUUGCAGUGCACUGUGCUGGCUACGGUGUGAAAGAAGAAUAGUUCGGUUUUUGUGUGGGGUCUGAAGAGGGAGAUUAUCGUCAUCGCGCCGUCAUAUCUAAGGGGGUCUCGCACGCGCCUACGCGUGUUAGUAGUAUCGAGGGAUUUCCCAUUUUUUCCUCCGUAUAUAUUUUAUCUCUAUUCUUUAUCUCAUUCUCUGAUUGCCGGGGACCCAUCGAUUUCAAGACGUCAAAGGACGAAGGACGCGUGAAAAUCUAACCAAAAGAAGGGAACGUGUUACGAGAAGAGCAAUGUCCGAUCGGGAGAGCCUGGACGAUCAACCGCAAAAAUAUGGGAAUCCAGGUGGAUUGGAUGCUGGAGGUGCUGACUUUGAUUCCGGUCAGCAAGGCCAGCAGAGCGAGCAGGAACUGGCGACAAAAAUGUUGCAAAUUCAAAGUAAAAGAUUCUACCUUGACGUAAAACAAAAUAGACGUGGGAGAUUUAUCAAAGUUGCCGAGAUUGGAGCGGAUGGGAGAAGAAGCCAAAUUUACCUGGCACUCAGUACAGCAUCCGAAUUUCGGGACCAUCUGUCGACAUUUAGCGAUUUUUACGCAUCUUUAGGUCCACCAAAUCCGGAAAAUGUGCCAGACGAUGGAAAACUCAAAUCAGAAAUGAUGGUGAAGGAUAAUAGACGAUAUUACUUGGACCUCAAGGAGAAUUCUCGCGGCCGUUUCCUGCGGGUGAGUCACCCUGUGUCGCAAACGAUAACACGAGGUGGACCUAGGACUCAGAUUGCAAUACCAGCGCAAGGUAUGAUAGAGUUUCGUGACGCAUUAACGGAUCUUCUUGAGGAAUUUGGGACAGAUGAUGGUGGCUUCAAAGGUGAUUUACCGGAAGGUCGUUAUAUGCGCGUGGAUAGCAAGAAUUUCUAUUUUGAUAUCGGCCAGAAUAAUCGUGGCAUCUAUAUGAGAAUUUCUGAGGUGAAGACGAACUUUAGGACAGCCAUUACCGUACCAGAAAAAUCCUGGGCACGUUUCCGUGAUAUCUUUGCAGAUUAUUGCGAGAAAAUGAAAGAAGGUGGCGGUGGUGUCAGCAGCAGCAGCAGCGGUGGCGGAGGAGGAAAUGUAUUAUCUGAGGGGAAAGGCUCGGUGGUGGCACAGGUACCAUCGCCAUCCUCGAAUACGCAGCCUAAUCCCAAUCCAAAUUUAGACUCUCCCUUAAUCAAGUGAAAAAGGCUUUAACUUAACUCGAACAUUUGGGAAUUAUAACUCGUAAACUCGUUUUCAAGUCAUUAAGCGAAGUAACGAAACUUGUCAGAGUCUAUGCCAACGUCGUCAUCGUCAUUAUUCAUCGGCUAUGACAUCGACAUGGUCAUCAGAAUUAUCAUCGGUAUAAUCAUUGUUACAUCAUCGAGACACCAUUUAUCGUCAUCGUCACCUCACCUGAGAUAAUGUCACCAUCGCCAGGUCAUUAUCAUCAUCAACACACAUCGUCAUACUUGCCAUUAAGCGCAAACACCAAAACUCGCCUGAAAUAUGACCAUUAUAUUGCAGAGGGUAUCAACUGAUUGUUGAGUAUAUUCAUAUAAUCGCAGACUUGAUAAAAAGAAAAGAAGAAAACGAAAAACGGAUUUGUGACGUUAUUACGCAUAUUGUUUGCACGUGAAGACGAGGAAAGAUGAAGAAGACGAGAUGAAAAAGGGGUAGAUGAUGAUGACGAUGCGUGUGUUGCGUGUGUAUGCAUGUGCGUGUGUGCGCGUUCGCGCGCACCCGCGCGCGCGUGUGUGUGGAGUAUGUGUGUGUACGCGCGCGCGCGCGCAGAGGGAAAAUGAGUCACUGCCGCUCGUGCGACUAACGGGAUAACACAAAAAAA